AUGCCUGUCCCAUCUGUUUCUGUCACAACCGAUAAUGAAUACGAAGACAUUUCGUCUUUUUCCUCCAUUGACUCCUACAAGCCAGAGCCCUUUACUGGGUUCAAGGAUUCCCAAGCUCCAGAGCAGCCUCUUUUGAAGAACGAUACUAUCGUUGGGAAGGCACAAUCAGAGAAUGAGGAAAAUAUAGAUGAACAGCAUCGUCAUUCAGAUGUGUACUCUCAUCACAGUUCCAGUACUUUGAAAAGACCAUCUUCUAACUCAAUAGAAAAGAUGAUUACACACAAUGCAUUGGAGGGAAAUUCAGAGACGGCAGAUUCUCUAAAGAGGGAAGGGUUGAACCUGAACAAGAAAGCUCUUCCCGACAUUACUGCUCCAGUGACAAACUCAGCCCACAACGGUGCAUUUCCAGAAGAAUAUCGUUUAGAAACUGAAACUGGGUUAGUCAAGUUGAAAACACUUGAAACUUUAAAGAGGGAGGACUCCCGUGUUUCUUCAGCCAAAAAAGAACAUACUAACGAUCAUGCGGAUGCACAUUCCACGCGAUCCAAGGUUACUACGUACUCCCAAGGCUCUUCCUUGGAGUCAGACAAAUUGAAUAUGGCAGUAGAGAAAAACAAGAAAAAAAUUGAACAGUACCGAAAACACAAGUCAGAAAAAGGAAUCAAGGGCUUCUUUCACAGAAUUUUUGAUUAA